UUUUGGCUGCUCGCAGUCCUCGGCUAUUGCUUAUACUCGUUCCUGGUCUUGCUGUGUGUUAGGGAUAGUUCUCCUCUUUUUCAUACUGCCCAGUUAGUGAAGCUAAAGGUGUGAGCAACUCGACAGACAGCCACUAAAUGGAGCCAGAAAAAAAAGACAAAUCAAUGAAGGAAUAUGAGGAAGAAAUAGAACAACUAAAGACACUGAAUGAAACGUUACAAACUCAUGUUGAUUUAAAAGAAGUACAGAGUGCAGUUUACAAACAAGACUUUGAAGCUGAAAGGAAUGACAGGCAAAGAAUACAUGAAGAAUGUGAAACUCUUAGAACAAGAAUGGAGGAAUUAUUGGCACAGCAUGAAGUUGAUAGACAAAUAAUAAAGACUCAAGAUGAAGAAAUAAAAGUUUUAAAAAGACAGCUUGAUGCUUCCAUUAGUCAGAAUCAAGAAGAUAAAAUGCAAGCACUAAGAGACGAAAAAGAAAGUCUUCUGAAGGCUUACGAUCAAGAAAGAACAAGAGCUAAUAGACUAGAGGAACAAAUUGAACUAAUGAAAGAAGCCAAUAAUAUACAAACUCGCUCAAGGAGAAGCUAUUCUUAUUCCUCAUCUCAUCAUUAUGAUUCCUUUCCAUCUGACUCUGAUUCUUUUUCUCCUCCUCCAUUUGCCCAUCAAUCAGUCGGUGAUUCUUCAUAUUUUCCUUUUAAUCCGACCCCCUCACCCUCUCCUCACAUCAGUGAAAGAAGAAAUAAACCAAGAAUAGUAAAAGAAGAUGUUACCAGCCGAAAUCAUGAUUAUACCACCAGCAUUCCUUCUCACAUACGACCACAUCUCAGUAGAGAAGAAAUGUAUAGAAGAUUUGGAGGAGGUCAAAUGAGAAGAGAAGAGUAUGAAAGACCAAGAGUCUCACCAGCAUAUACCAGUAGCAUACCUAAAUCUGUUCAACCUCAGCUCAGCGAAGAGGAAAUGAAAAACCUCUUCAAACCAAGAGUGUCACCAGCAUAUACCAGUAGUAUACCUGAAUCUGUUCAACCUCAGCUCAGUGAGGAGGAAAUGAAAAGCCAUUUCAAACCAAGAGUGUCACCAGCAUAUACUAGCAGUAUACCUGAUUCUGUUCGACCUCAAGUCAGCGAAGAGGAAAUGAAAAGGCGUUUUAAGAACCACCAGCAGCCAUACAACCAGUACAGGAGGGAGGACAGUGAGGAGCACUGGAGAGUUAAUGAAGAGACGGACCAAGCUUUGCUUGAAGUUGAUCGUAUUAGAAAGCAAAAUCCCAUUCAUCCUUAAACAACACAUUAAUGGGAAUGAAUAAAUUUAGUGUGAUGAUAGAUGUAGACCUGUAAUAUUGCUAGAAUGCAAAUGUACAUGUACAUAUACAUCUUUUUGAUACUAGUACUACUGCAAUUUUAAUUUGCUUUUAUAAUAACAGGCUGGCACACCUUUUCUGUGACACACCCCCUG